CCGGCAGACGCGUCAUGCCAACGACCGCGAGCGCUCCGGAGGACAUCUGUUGAAACCGUCGUAUACGCGCGAUUUUACGAACACGACUUUUUUUUCUCUCCGCAGAUUCCCUGUCUUUCAUUCUCGUUGUCUCUGGCUCACUGUAUCGCUCAUCGGAUUUUUUUUUUUUUUUUAUAUUUCCACAAUCGUUAUUAGAAUUAUUUAUUUUUCUCGCGCUUUCUGCGCGAGUUACCCUCUCGCCAUCGCGAGACAAAAUCCCGUCGCCGUGUAGGUUCCUAAACUUCAGUAAUUUUUACGAUCCCAAAUAGAUAUUAAAAAACAACACUUUCUGUUGCUCCAGCACUCGGGUAUUCCACAGCCACCGCUGCCGCCCCAGAGUUAUAGUCAAAUCUACGCCACUGCGACUAUCGUGGCAUUAAUACACCACUUAGCGCGGCCACUCGGCGACGGCGGCGGCGGCAGUGGCGGUGGCGACCGGCAGUAAGCCAGUCAGUCAGUCAGUCGUUUAUACCGCGGGCCGCGUAACCGUCGUGCUCCGCGACUAGUCAACUUCAAUAAAAUCGUACGUAAACGCCGACCGGUUGCAGCCGCCGCCCCCGCGAUCUUCGGAUCACCGUCCGCGAUCAUCACAGGGAUCGCGACAUGCUGCUAAACCAAAGACUGCGGCUGGGCGGCGGCCUGUUGGCGCUGGGCUUUGUGGCUCUGUUCGCGGCACACCCGCCGCCGGUCAGGGGUGGUAGCUCGCACAACCUGGAGAGCCACCAGUACAAGGACUCCAGGAAGUGUCUGUUACAGCUGACGGCCAGGACGUUGGAUUGCGGUGGCGGCGGCGGCGGUGGCGUCAGGCGAACGGUCGUGACGACGAAACGUCGGCCAGAUAAACGUCAACGCGGCGGCGGUGACAACGACAACGAUUUGGAUCAGAACAAUAAUAACUUUGAUUACAAUUACGACGAUGACGGCGGCGGUGACGGUGACGGCGGCGACGAUGCCGAUACCCGACAGACGUUUUACGAACCACCGCUGAUCACUGACCCGAGGGACCGGAUGCUGCCCGUCAUCUACAGCCCUAGGCCCAUGUACGCGCCGCCACGCCAUCAGCCGCAACAGCCGCAGCAACAGCAGCAGUCGUACAACAGGUACGACGACCAAGGCGUCGCCCCGAUCGGCCCGUUCGAGAUGCCUAUCAUCAUUGGUAGUUAUCAAAACGUCGACGUAAAAUUGAAUCAAGAUAUGCUCCCAGAGUGUCCACCCACCGAAGAUGGAUUUGAACGGUUCGCUUGUCCCUCUCCAGACAAGGAAGGACGAUUCAGGUGCAUAGAUGAUCACGUUUUGUGUGACGGAUACAUUGACUGUCCAAACGGUGACGAUGAAGAUAGAAAAAAUUGUUUCUUUUUCAAAACAACUAAAGCUCAUCUGGACAUACUAGCAGACGCUCUUCUACGAUGGGCAAGAGGACGCUAAUCCAAAAUUUAAUUUAAAAUAAUAUCUUGAUAAAAUAGCUACGACAAUUUUAAUCAGAAACAAUAAUUUCAUUCGACAAAAUAACUUUUCUUCUAUAGGUUUGAUUGAAAAAUAUUUUUUUCCCCAGAAACUUAUUGAAGUUACUCAUAAAAUUUUUUCAAUAAUUCGCGUGCAAACAAACGACAAAAAUAAUUUACAAGAUAAAAUGGAGGCCUGGAAUAUAAAACGCUUUUUGGCGUAGGUACUACUACUACUGAUGUUACACCGGUAAACAUUUCAAAAGUCUAUUAAAUUUUAUUAACCACGUUUUCCUCUUUUAAGUGCUCAUAACAUUAUAAUUUCAUUUAAUACUACCGAGUUCCUACAAUAGUUGUUGUUACCAAGCAUGUGUCAUGUUGAUAUAUUUUCGUACGGGUUGUAUAUUAAUUUAUUGAUUUUUUUUUUUAACUCUAUCUGUGGUCACUGAUCAAUCAGAUCUGUGAAUGAGAUCGCAAUAAAUUAUUGUGUGUUAAUUUAAAUCGUGAAUAAUAGAAUCUGUAAA